AUGAUUGCAAAAACUGGAAUAACAAGAUUUGCUAUAAAGCUUUUAAAUCCAGUAAAUUACGUAGGAUUGAGUGUGGGGAAAAAAGAUAUUUUAUUAUAAAAAAGAAACAAACUAAAAUUUUUCUAUAUAAGGACUAUGGGUAUAAUUAUUUGAUUAACAAAUAUAGAACUUACCUCAUAAAUUCACAUGGACUUGUAUUCUCUCAUAAUUCAUCUACAAUCGUUAGAAAUUUUUCUUUUCAAAAGAAAAUGA